CCACCGAGAUGCAUCUUAGUCCUCCAGGGUGCUUAGAGAGACCUUGGGAAUACAAGUCUCGUCCCCAGCACGGGGGAUAAUGACGCACUUCCGGCUGGGUUUGUUUUUCUCCCUUUGACCAGUUAAAGUGAGACCUAAAGGCCAUGGUAGCGGGUGUGUUGUGUCUGUAGGGGCUAUUUUGGGGCCUCGUUUGUUUAAGAGAGUGGCAGUACGCCACGUUUUGCCCUUCUAGAAACAAGUUCGAGCUGGACGGUCCAGAGACUCCAAUGGAUACAGGAGCCGGGGUCUCCGCGCCAUCGCUCGGUGCCGAGCUUUGUACCGUGAAAGUGGAGGAGGACUCACCCAGAAGUCAGAAGCCCUCCGGACCCGGGGAUUGUCAAAACCCCGAAACUUCUCGAAAACAGUUCAGGCAGUUGCGCUACCAGGAAGUGGCGGGCCCCGAAGAGGCGCUGAGCCGACUCUGGGAGCUCUGUCGGCGGUGGCUGAGGCCGGAGCUGCGCUCCAAGGAGCAGAUCCUGGAGCUGCUGGUGCUGGAGCAGUUCCUCACCAUCCUGCCGCAGGAGCUCCAGGCUUGCGUGCGGGACCUCUGCCCUGAGAGCGGGGAGGAGGCUGCGGUGUUGGUGCGGACUCUACAAAGAGCACUGGACCGGGCCUCCCCACAGAGCACCAUUACAGAAGAGUAUGCUGGAGCAGGCUUGGAAACCAGAGCUUCAAGCACAGACUGGAUUCCAAAGCAAGAAAUUUUAAAGGAAGCAGAAUCACAGCCAUGGGUGCAAGAAGUGUCCCAGGGAAAGGUCCCACUAUUUACCAAGUGUGCUGAUGCCGUUGAGGACUGGGAAGAAAAGCUGCCGAAAGACACUGUAUUGUUGCAUUUUCAGCGUUCUCCUGAAGAGCAAGGACGCACUGCCAUCCCUCCUCUCGUCGGUGUGUCCAAGGAAGAGGUUUCUGAGAGUCACGAAUUUGGGAACAGUGCCAGCCUUGGCCUUGGUCAGCACAUCCAGACAGCAAAGAGUCUCAGUGCCACUGGUGCACACGGGACUGACCACAAACAAGGCUUCCGUGUGAAAUGCUGUACAGCAAAACCUCACAACUCUGUUGACAGUAGUUUGGGGCUCCGUGAGGACAAACCCUACAAAUGUGACAGCUGUGAGAAGAGGUUCAGACAGUGCUCAGAUCUUUUUAAACACCAGAGGACCCACACAGGUGAGAAGCCCUAUCAGUGCCAAACAUGUGGGAAAAGCUUCAGCCAGAGUGCUGCCCUUGUUAAACACCAGCGGACACACACAGGUGAGAGGCCGUAUGCCUGCCCAGAGUGCGGGGAAUGCUUCAGGCAGAGCUCGCACCUCACUCGGCAUCAGAGGACCCAUGCCAGCGAGAGGCAGUGUAAAUGUGAGGAGUGUGGGGAGGUCUUUCAUAUCUCUGGCCUUUGUAGACAUCAGAGACUCCAUAAAGGGGAGAGACCAUACAAGUGUGAGGACUGCCAGAAGAGCUUCAAACAGCGCUCAGACCUCUUUAAGCAUCAGAGAAUUCACACGGGAGAGAAGCCCUAUGUGUGUUUUGUCUGUGGGAAAAGCUUCACUCAGAGUGCAACCCUCAUUAAACACCAGAGAACUCACACGGGAGAAAAACCUUAUAAAUGUCUUCAGUGUGGUGAAAGAUUUAGACAGAGUACACAUCUUGUCCGACACCAGAGAAUCCACCAAACCAUAGUCUCCUAGCUUUCAUGUGUUUCUGUGUGACUUGUGGGUGUUUUUGCUGUUGCUGCUAUUUUUGAGAAAAGGUCUCACUGUGCAGCCCUGGCUGACCUGGAAGAAGCUAUAUAAAGCAGGCUGGCCUCAAAUGUGGAGACCAACCUGCCUCCGCUUCCAUCUCCUGAGUGCUGAGAUUAAAGGUGUGCACCACCAUGC